UCGAUGUGGAUGUCAGUAUGCCUAAAGUGGACAUUUCUCUUCCCGAAGCUGAGAUCCAGGUUGAGAAACCUGAAGUGAAGGGAGGAGACAUUAUCAUAUCAUCUCCUGAAGUAAAGAUUCCAACAGACUUGGCCAGCCUGGAAUUGAAAGCUCCCGACGUAGCCAUAGAGCCUCCAUCUGGAAAGGUUUCUGUACAGGGUCCCGAUGUCAAGCUGGAAAGCGGAGAUAGGAAGUUCCAAAUGCCCAAGUUCCAUAUGCCCAAAUUUGGAAUUUCGCUGCCCAAAGGGAAAGGUGUCCCAGAGGCAGAAACCGACGUCCCUUCUGUGGAAGCACACUUGCCCAAGAAAGAAUUAAAAACGGAAGUAACACUGCCCUCUGCACAGUUUGAAGCUGACCUUAAGGUGCCAGAAGUGGAGGUAGAUGCACCUAGCUUGGACGUGGAGAUUGGAGAUAAGGGCAAAAUCAAAACUCCUAAAGCAAAGACGCCUAGCGUCAAGGUCCCCAAGGUCAAAGGCCCAGAAGUUGGGUUCUCCCUGCCAAAGCUUGAAGCUGAAGUUGCCCUUCCCAAAGUAAAAGCUGAGGUGUCUGAUGGCGGAGAGGCCAUAAAAUUGCCAGAGACUGAAGGCACCAUCGACGGGGGAGGACUGAAGAUACACAUGCCAAAGUUCAAGAUGCCCAGCAUGGGUUUCUCCAAACCAGACAUCAAGGGCCAUAAAGUCGAUGUGGAUGUCAGUAUGCCUAAAGUGGACCAUUCCCUUCUGGAAGUUGAGCUCCAUGUUGAGAAACCUGAGGUGAAAGGAGGAGCUAUUACUGUAUCUGCAUCUGAAGUAAAGAUUCCAACGGGCUCAGCCAGCCUGGAACUGAAAGCUCCCGACGUAGCCAUAGAGCCUGCAUCUGGUAAGGCUUCUGUACAGGGCCCCGAUGUCAGUCUGGAAAGUGGGGAUAUGAAAUUCCAAAUGCCCAAGUUCCAUAUGCCCAAAUUUGGAAUUUCGCUGCCCAAAGGGACAGGUGUCCCAGAGGCAGAAAUCGGCAUCCCUUCUGUGGAAGCAGACUUACCCAAGACAGAAUUGAAAACAGAAAUAACAUUGCGCUCUCCGCCGCUUGAAGCUGAUUUUAAGCUGCCCAAAGUGGAGGUAGAUGCACCCAGCAUGGAUGUGGAGAUUGGAGAUAAGGGCAAAAUGAAAAUUCCUAAAGCAAAGAUGCCUAGCGUCAAGGUCCCCAAGGUCAAAGGACCAGAAGUAGGGAUCUCCCUGCCAAAGGUUGAAGCUGAAGUUGCCCUUCAUAAAGUAAAAGCUGAGGUGUCUGAUGGUGCAGAGGCUGUAAAAUUGCCAGAGACUGAAGGCACCAUCGACAGGGGAGGACUGAAGAUACACAUGCCAAAGUUCAAGAUGCCCAGCAUGGGAUUCUCCAAACCAGAUAUCAAGGGCCCCAAAGUCGAUGUGGAUGUCAGUAUGCCUAAAGUGGACAUUUCUCUUCCUGAAGCUGAGAUCCGGGUUGAGAAACCUGAGGUGAAAGGAGGAGAUAUUACCAUAUCUCCACCUGAAGUAAAGAUUCCAACAGACUCUGCCAGCCUGGAACUGAAAGCUCCUGACAUUGCCAUAGAGCCUCCAUCUGGAAAGGUUUCUGUGCAGGGCCCUGAUGUCAAGCUGGAAAGUGGAGAUAGGAAGUUCCAAAUGCCCAAGUUCCAUAUGCCCAAAUUUGGAAUUUCGCUGCCCAAAGGGAAAGAUGUCCCAGCGGCAGAAACCGACGUCCCUUCUGUGGAAGCGCACUUGCCCAAGAAAGAAUUAAAAAUGGAAAUAACACUGCCCUCUGCACAUGGAGAUAGGAAGUUCCAAAUGCCCAAGUUCCAUAUGCCCAAAUUUGGAAUUUCGCUGCCCAAAGGGAAAGAUGUCCCAGCGGCAGAAACCGACGUCCCUUCUGUGGAAGCGCACUUGCCCAAGAAAGAAUUAAAAAUGGAAAUAACACUGCCCUCUGCACAGUUUGAAGCUGAUCUUAAGCUGCCAGAAGGGGAGGUAGAUGCACCUAGCUUGGACGUAGAGAUUGGAGAUAAGGGCAAAAUCAAAACCCCUAAAGCAAAGACGCCUAGCGUCAAGGUCCCCAAGGUCAAAGGGCCAGAAGUUGGGUUCUCCCUGCCAAAGGUUGAAGCUGAAGUUGCCCUUCAUAAAGUAAAAGCUGAGGUGUCUGAUGGUGCAGUGGCUGUAAAAUUGCCAGAGACUGAAGGCACCAUCGACGGGGGAGGACUGAAGAUACACAUGCCAAAGUUCAAGAUGCCCAGCAUGGGAUUCUCCAAACCAGACAUCAAGGGCCCUAAAGUCGAUGUGGAUGUCAGUAUGCCUAAAGUGAACCUUUCUCUUCCGGAAGCUGAGCUCCAUGUUGAGAAACCUGAGGUGAAAGGAGGAGAUAUUACCAUAUCUCCACCUGAAGUAAAGAUUCCAACAGGCUCAGCCAGCCUGGAACUGAAAGCUCCCGACAUAGCCGUAGAGCCAGCAUCCGGAAAGGUUUCUGUACAGGGCCCCGAUGUCAGUCUGGAAAGUGGGGAUAUGAAAUUCCAAAUGCCCAAGUUCCAUAUGCCCAAAUUUGGAAUUUCGCUGCCCAAAGGGACAGGUGUCCCAGAGGCAGAAAUCGGCAUCCUUUCUGUGGAAGCAGACUUACCCAAGACAGAAUUGAAAACGGAAAUAACAUUGCCCUCCAUGCAGCUUGAAGCUGAUCUUAAGCUGCCCAAAGUGGAGGUAGAUGCACCCAGCAUGGAUGUGGAGAUUGGAGAUAAGGACAAAAUGAAAACUCCUAAAGCAAAGAUGCCUAGCGUCAAAGUCCCCAAGGUCAAAGGACCAGAAGUAGGGAUCUCCCUGCCGAAGGUUGAGGGUGAUGUCACUGUUCCCAAAGUAAAAGCUGAAGUGUCUGAUGGUGCAGAGGCUGUAAAAUUGCCAGAGGCUGAAGGCACCAUCGACAGGGGAGGACUGAAGAUACAUAUGCCAAAGUUCAAGAUGCCCAGCAUGGGAUUCUCCAAACCAGACAUCAAGGGCCCCAAAGUCGAUGUGGAUGUCAGUAUGCCUAAAGUGGACAUUUCUCUUCCCGAAGCUGAGAUCCGGGUUGAGAAACCUGAAGUGAAGGGAGGAGAUAUUAUCAUAUCAUCUCCUGAAGUAAAGAUUCCAACAGACUCUGCCAGCCUGAAACUGAAAGCUCCCGACGUAGCCAUAGAGCCUCCAUCUGGAAAGGUUUCUGUGCAGGGCCCCGAUGUCAAGCUGGAAAGCGGAGAUAGGAAGUUCCAAAUGCCCAAGUUCCAUAUGCCCAAAUUUGGAAUUUCGCUGCCCAAAGGGAAAGGUGUCCCAGAGGCAGAAACUGACGUCCCUUCUGUGGAAGCACACUUGCCCAAGAAAGAAUUAAAAAUGGAAAUAACACUGCCCUGUGCACAGUUUGAAGCUGAUCUUAAGGUGCCAGAAGUGGAGGUAGAUGCACCUAGCUUGGACGUAGAGAUUGGAGAUAAGGGCAAAAUCAAAACUCCUAAAGCAAAGACGCCUAGCGUCAAGGUCCCCAAGGUCAAAGGGCCAGAAGUUGGGCUCUCCCUGCUGAAGGUUGAAGCUGAAGUUGCCCUUCCCAAAGUAAAAGCUGAGGUGUCUGAUGGUGCACAGGCUGUAAAAUUGCCAGAGACUGAAGGCACCAUCGACGGGGGAGGACUGAAGAUACACAUGCCAAAGUUCAAGAGGCCCAGCAUGGGAUUCUCCAAACCAGACAUCAAGGGCCAUAAAGUCGAUGUGGAUGUCAGUAUGCCUAAAGUGGACCUUUCUCUUCCGGAAGCUGAGCUCCAUGUUGAGAAACCUCAGGUGAAAGGAGGAGAUAUUACCAUAUCUGCACCUGAAGUAAAGAUUCCAACAGACUCGGCCAGCCUGGAACUGAAAGCUCCCGACAUAGCCGUAGAGCCAGCAUCCGGAAAGCUUUCGGGACAGGUGUCCCAGAGGCAGAAACCGACGUCCCUUCUGUGGAAGCACACCUGCCCAAGAAAGAAUUAA